AUGAAAAUGAAGGCUUUAGUGGCGACUGUGAUCAGUCUGGCCCUCACUACUGUGGUAAUAGGCAAUGCCUAUUACCAGAAGAAACAGUUUUAUCCAUCUGUAGUUUAUCUCACUAAUUCCAAUCCUAGUAUGGCUGUCAUGUAUUUACAAGCUUUCAUACUGGUGUUAUUGGUUGGUAAAAUUUUGCGCAAAAUCUUCUUUGGUCAACUGCGGCCAGCCGAAUUCGAGCACUUAAUAGAAAGAUCUUGGUAUGCUAUAACGGAGACUUGCCUUGCAUUCACCGUGUUCAGAGAUGAUUUCAAUCCGAAAUUCAUUGCGCUAUUCACUCUCCUGCUGUUUUUGAAAGCAUUCCAUUGGCUCGCUGAAGACCGAGUUGAUUAUAUGGAAAGAAGCCCGGUGAUUGGCUGGCUUUUCCAUGUUAGGAUUCUAAGUUUAUUAACGCUUUUGGCUCAUGCCGAUCUGUACUUCAUUCAUCAUGCAUACUCUUUCACCACAUCGAAGGGUCCGUCGGUCCAAGUUGUGUUUGGAUUUGAGUACAGCAUUCUCAUAUUUAUGAUUGCGAAUAUCUUAAUCAAGUAUAUGCUACACGCGAUCGACUCUCGCUGGGAGGCUCCGUGGGAGAGUAAGGCGGCUGUUCUUCUGUACACUGAGCUGGCCAUCAACUUCCUCAAAGUUCUUCUAUACAUCGGCUUCGUGGCUGUUAUGGUGCGAAUAUACACACUGCCGUUGUUCGCUUUCAGACCUAUGUACGAGACAUUAAGGAGUUUCAAUAAGGCGUACAACGACGUGGUGUUGUCACGUCGAGCGAUCAGGAACAUGAACACCCUGUAUCCGGACGCUACGGCCGAGGAGCUAGCGGCCGCUGACAAUGAAUGUAUUAUAUGUAGAGAGGAGAUGCAUAGCGGAGCUAAGAAACUUCCCUGUAACCACAUCUUCCACGCCGCCUGUCUCCGCCUAUGGUUCCAACGCCAGCAGACCUGCCCCACGUGUCGCCUAAACGUCCUCAGAGCGCCAGCGCCAGAGCCGCCUAACGCUAACGUCAACGCCAACGUGCCGAACGUCGUCGCUCCGAACGUCAACGUGCCUAACGUCCAAGCUCCAACCCCACAAGCCGCGCCACCACCACCCUUUCCUAAUAUGCCGCCACCACCACCGAUGAUGGGUUGGGCGCUCCCUCCCCCUCCUCCGCGGCCGGCCUCCCUCGCCACUCUUACUACCGAGGAACUGAGACGAAUGGAGGGAAACGAGAGGAGGAAUAUAGAGGCGAGACUUCAGUUACUAAUGGAGAUCCAGUCGAUGUUGGACGCGUCCGUGCUCCUGAUGCAGCAGUACUCCAACGUAGUGUCCAACCAGCCCUCCAACCUCUCCAAUGUGGCCACACAGACAGACAUACGAAGGACGGAACCUUCCCCCGAGCCGUCUCCGGUGCGUGUUAAGCCGGAACCGGAACCUGUCGCUUCUACAUCCAAGAUGACACCCUACAAUGAUACACCUGGACCAUCCAGCAGACAGGACUUUGAAGAUUUGGAGACCAGUGUGAAUAGGGAAAUAUCGGAUGCUGACGCCGAAGAGCUCAGACGACGUAGAUUACAGAAGUUUAGUGCAGAAAAGUGA